GAUGGCGGCCUCAUCGAGAGACGAACAACAACCGUGGUUUUUAUCUCUUUUGGGUCUUGCGGAAAAUUUUAGGACAUCAAAUCCACCGAAUAUAAGACUAUGCAUUCAUUGUUUACAGGCCAUUUUUACGUUUAAACCUCCACCAAAGAUUGAAGCAAGAACACACCUACAGUUGGGAAACAUUUUGCUAACCCACACGAAAAAUAUCGAGUUGGCCCGAACACAUUUGGAAAAGGCGUGGCAAAUUUCAUCAACCCUUACAUCUAAUGAUGACGUCCUCUUUGAAUCGGCAAGUGUUCUGGCCAAGCUUUAUGAGACGCAGCAUCACAUUAGCCUGGCGAAACCAAUUCUUCACCGAGCUAUCGAGAUGUCACAGCAAGCACCUUACUGGCAUUGUCGACUUCUUUUUCAACUGGCUCAAAUAUUUGCCUUGGAGAAAGACACAUUGUCGGCUUGCAGCUUACUGGGGGUAGGAGCAGAAUUUGCCAGGGCAUCUACCUCUCACUACACCAGAAUACUGUUUCUGCUAGCUAAAGGAAUGCUAUUGUUAAUAGACAAGAAAAUGCGUGAAGUUGAAGAAACACUGCCGAAGGUUGGAGGGCUCAUUGAAGAGUUUCAGGGUUCACCUGUUCACAAGGAGUCGCUCAAAGUGUUUUUCCUCGUCCUGCAAGUCUGUCACUAUCUCAUGUCGGGCCAGGUGAAGAGUGUGAAACCAGCACUGAAGCAGCUGCAACAAAGUAUCCAAACCAUCACACAGAUCCACACAGACGACGAACCAUUGUCAACCAAUCCUGUGGACUUGUUUCAGUGGUUGCCCAAAGAACAUAUGUGUGUUCUCGUUUACUUGGUGACUGUCAUGCACUCGAUGCAGGCUGGCUACAUGGACAAGGCACAGAAAUACACAGACAAAGCUCUCAUGCAGAUUGAAAAGUUGAAAAUGUUGGACUGUCAUCCAUUGCUGUCAUCGUUUCAACUGAUGCUGCUUGAGCACAUUGUCAUGUGUCGACUUAUCAUGGGAAACAAGUCAGUCGCUUUGCAAGAGAUUUUCCAAGCAUGUCAUGUUUGUCAACAGCAGCCAAGACUGUUCACGACGCACGGAGCACAGAUUCACAUGCUAUUGGGUUUGUAUGCAAUGUCGAUGAACUGUAUGGAGGCUGCGGAAGCUCAGUUUAAACUGGCAUCCAAGUUAACGACGGCAUUGGACUUGAGGAACUUUGUAAACUUAAAUCUUGCGAUUGUUUACUUGAGAACGAGUCGACAGGCAGACUUGACGAGUCUCAUGGACAAGAUAGAACCGGAGAAGAUGGAAACUCACUCCCACAGUCUGAAGGCAGCAUCAUAUUUUGUACAAGGUCUGCAGGCCUUCUUCCAGGCUCGAUACAAUGAAGCAAAGCGUUACCUGCGAGAAACAUUGAAAAUGUCGAAUGCAGAAGAUCUGAACCGGCUGACGUCAUGUUCUCUGGUCCUGUUGGGACACAUCUUCCUCUCCCUGGGAAACAACAGAGAGGCACUGAACAUGGUCACACCAGCUAUGCAGUUAGCAGGCAAGAUACCAGAUGUGCAUGUACAGCUCUGGGCUUCAUCACUGCUUAAGGAUCUGUACCGAUCAUGUGGCGACUCUGCCAAUGAGGCGGAGGGUUACAGAUUGCACACCAACUUCUCACAGUCACUUCUCAAGGAUCAUUUUCAAUCAUCACAGAUGUCCGAGCACGGCAUUAUUCAGUGGACCGAUGGACCGUGCCCGUUCCACCUAAGUACACCAGUUAACAGUAACACCAUGUUAUGAUACCAAUCAUGUCGGAAUUAGGAGAAUAAAUACAUCAGCGUAACAUGCGUGCUUCCACUAACUUUUCAGGUUAGAUCCCAUGUAACACACACCCAGGUGCUUGUCCCCAUCAGCAGAACUUUUCCACACAAGCUGAAUAGUCGAACAUACAGAAAGAAAGAACAUUCUAAAAGCUGACUAGUUGAACAUAGAAAAAGAAUAUUCUAAAAGCUGUGUUGUCAAACAUUCAGAAAGAGGAUUCUAAAAGCUGAAUAGUCGAAUAUACAGAAAGAACAUUCUACAAGCUGAAUAGUUGAACAUACAAAAAAGAAUAAUCUAAAAGCUGUAGAGUCAAACAUACAGAAAGAACAUUCUAAAAGCGAAUAUCGAACAUCCGGAGAAAGAACAUUCUAAAAACUAAAUAGUUGAACAUAUAAAGAGAACAUUCUAAAUGCUGUGUAGUCAAACAUACAGAAAGAGGAUUCUAAAAGCUGAAUAGUUGGAUAUACGAAAGAAGAAUUCUAAAAGCUGAAUAGUCAAACAUAUACACACAUGUUCUAUGUAUUCAGCCACUUUUCAAGAAGUGAACAGACAAAUAUAUGGAUGGAAUGUUGUGGAAAAAACCCCCACCUGAAUAGUUGAACAUAUUGAAGGAAUGUCCUGUCCAAUCGCCCACUCUUUUGUCUUAGCUGAAUAGCUGAGCAUAUAGAAAGAAUGUUCCAUUCUAAAAGUGAAUUUUAAAACAUAUUUUUGCACAUGUUGGUUGUUACAUUAUAUAAGAGGCUGCCUAUUGAAACACAGCAACAUCUUUUAAGCACCUUUGUAAGUAGUAUAAUCAAUCUGUAGUUCACGAAAUUUGCUAGAUACCACUUAUUUUGACAAGUCUGCACCUGGGUUCUUUUUAUGAAGUCAUGAUUAAAAAGACAUGAUGACAUUUAUUUUUUAAAGUCGAAUAAUAUUGAAUGUUAUAAAUCACUGCACCAAAAGAGAUAGAAGAAAAUUCCAAAAUAACACAAGGGUGAAAAUAGUUGAGAAACUGGUUACUGUUAAAAUGCAGAUGUUUAGUAGAUCUAAAUGCCUGCACAAUGGAGUGACAUUGUUUUGUGAAGUGAUAUUGCAGUGUAGAAAAUGAGAUGAAAUAUGCCGAAAUGAUUGGCAGGAAUCAAACCAGUCUCCUGUCUUUGGAACUUAUAACAACACAGAAUUGAGAAAGCGGUGUUUUUCCUGUUUCUUUCCCACUUCACCUGGCUGGAAUGCUUGGACCAGACUACUAUCCUUAGGGGAAUAUGCAUUUGUUUUGAGGCCAGGUAAAGUAUUCUUAAGAGAAAACACCUCAAGUUUUCUCCAGUUUCUGUUAAAAAACCAAAACUGUUGUCCGUAAAGGAUUUGCUAUGGUUGGUAACUUUCCAAGAAUAUUUCAAUAGGCAGCAUUAUUUGAGCAUUGUAGUGCUUUUGCUGGUAUGUAGCGAUAUGGCAAUAUUAACUGUUUAAACCAUAAACAUCAUAUCGUCAAAAGAAACAACGAGAAUUUCUAAUGAUGGUCUAUUUUAUACAUCUUGACCAAAACAGUGAAAAUUAUGAAAUCUGAGACGUGUAUCAGUGAAUCUGGAAUGAUUCAAGCUUUGACAGAAUAUUGCAGGAUUUGGAGUUUACGGAGUUUCUAAAAUCAUUCUGAAAAUAGAACAUUUUGUUUUCAAAGUUUCAAAGGGACAGACCCUAGUUUUUAAACACUAAGGCAUAUUUUUCACUAUUAGAGCCAUUUAUGAUCACUGAAAUCAAACAUUACUUAUAUUUUAUUUUUAGAUUAUCCAUUUUUCUACAACCGAAGUGUCAUCCUGGUGUUUUUAAUACCACAAAAUGAAUUUUUCAUAUUUAAAAAAUGCAUGUACGUCUAAGAAGUAACAGGUAGUAACGGGUAUUUCAACAUCACAGACUCUUGUUUCUCUCUGUUGUAUCCAAAUUUGUUACAGGUUUGUAAAUUAACCAAACUUAGUGUCCAUUUUUACGGGCUGAAACUAGGGUCUAGGUGAAAAAUAUCCCUUAGUGUUUAAAAACUAGGGUCUGUCCCUUUAAUUAGCAUCAGUUCAAAACAUUAAAAUAAUUAAUUAGCAAUUGCCAUUUACUGUUCUAGAAUGGCGUGGCUAUGUCUGACAUUUACAUUGCAAAUCGGAACGGAAUACUGAAUAAAAAAUACUAUGAAAGUGUCGGAUACAGGGAAAAGUUGAUUGAUGAAGAGAAAUAUGUUUCAGCAUCUAGCGAUGUAAGGAAAGACAGAUUCAUAAGACUGCAUAGAAAAAUGCUAAUCAAGACAAAAUUUCUUUCAUGUUCUAGACGGGGUUUUUGCCAGAGGGUAAAACGGGUCUGGCGUUAUACCCAAAUAUUUUUGAAGAUUUUGUGAAGAUUUUGACAGAAUUAAUGACUGUUAUCAUUACUGUUUGAUUUUCUUGACCCUAACCCUAAACUUAACCCAUUUUCUUUAUGGUGCAGGCCCCCCAUACCCCCUGUUGACUGUCGUUGCAUUCAUUUCCAUAGUACUAUACCCAAAAAUUUCUUUCUGGCAGAAACACUGCUAGAGUAAAUGUUCUAGAUUAGUACAGUGAAAUGGAGGGAAUCUAGAGAGUGAAUUUUAAUCCAGGAAAGUUAUAAUUUUUGGAGAAUAAAUUCUCUAGAUUGUUAAAAUGAAGCUCAUGUAGAGAGAUGUGUUGAAUGUCAUUUAACAUUAAUUCAUCCUGUGUAUAGAGAGAUGGAAAAUACGAGACAUGUCUUGGUCGUUAGUUUCAUUAUUACAAGAAGAAUUUCUGGAUGUAUAUUACAAGAAGAAUUUCUGGAUGUAUAAAGUGAAAUGCAGAGAAUUUAAAAAUCGACAUGAUCAGAAUAUUGUGGAGACAUCUUAUGAUCAGUUGACUGAAACUGAUUGAAAAUGUUAAUCGAGAUAGGGAAAUGUGGUUUACUCAAAUUGCUGUUUUGAGAAGAAUGUUAGGACUUUAGUGCGAAAACUUUUUUAAGAGAACUUCAGCUGGAAAAAUAUUAAAUAUGGCAGAAUGUUUUUAUGUCUCAAGGUGUUUUUUUUUGUUUUGUUUUUUUGUUUGUGUUUUUUUAAAUCCAUGGAAUGGAUUGCAGUCAUGGAGAACGUAGAUAAUCAAGAAAAAGGUAUGGAAAUGUGUUUCAUUGUUUGGGGAAGAUAUUCUAAUUUGUUCCAGUGAAACAAUAAUAAGAAUUGGAUUGAAAGUUAGGAUACUAAGGUGUGUUUCGAAUCUGUGUUCAAAUCUACCAAGUCCUUUAUUGGUACAGUGAAAUGCUAAAGUUCAUCUAAAGGUGAAGAAGAGUAAUCGAGGUAGAUGAAUGUGUUUUGAAAUCUGGAGAUUUCUUGACUGCUACAGUGCCAUUGACUUUCAGACAAUAUAGAGAUGAAGACUAAUGCACAAAUUGUCGAAGUGUGAAGACGACUGGUUUAUUAAGAAUUUCAUUUUUCUUUCUUUUUUAAACUAGAAAUAUUAUCAUAGUGUGGCUGUGUUUCAAAAUCAGGAAACAAUUUUAAGAAAGGUUAUUGAUACUUUUGUUGAUAUGUUUUGUAAAGAAUCUGUAGCUAUAUAUUAAAGGUCACAUUACAUCUAUGAAGUUUUGGAAACUUUGUUCCUAAGACUCUUUUUUUUUCUUUCUUUCUUUCUUUCUUUUUUUUUCUGUGAUGUAUGAUCAAAAGUCUCUGAGACUUUGUUUCCGAAACCAGUCUCUGGAGAAAGGGAAGUGUUCUGUUACAAGAGAGAAGUCUCUGAAACAAUAUCAAACAACAAUCAGAAUACAUAAAGGAAUCAUAUGAUGAGCUAGUUACAUGAUUGUGGUUAAAAUAUCUGUGCUAAUAGAUCUGACAUGCGGCAAUGGAAUGUCGUAAACAAGUGUCUGCAGUCAAGUUUAGUAGAUGUUUGAAUGAUUCUGGAUUCAUCCAAUUGAAAUUUGAACAACCAUCCAUAUCAAUCUUGAAGUGAAGCUUUUCCAGGGCCAUACCUAUAUAAAAGUAGCAGAGAAGUGAUUAAGAGAGUAAAGAAAGAACCAAGGAUAAGUGUAUAUAUAGGGUCUUCUCCAGCUUGUUUACACUAAAAAGGACACUUGUUCAUAUAAUCUGACACACACACACACACACACACACACCAACUAGAUACGACCAUCUUUGUUAUAAGAUCACUAUAGGCUAUAUGUGUCUAUGAUUGUGCACAUACCUUUACAAUGGUGUUUCUGAAGAAAAAAUACAGCCUUGCUAAACUUAAAAUAAUUUUUAGUUGUCCUGUAAAGUCUUUAAGACUGUUUCUGAAAAAAAAGGCUCCAAGACUUCAUAGAGGAACCAUGGCCUUAAAAGAGUGUUCAGUUUGUAAUAUAUUUAUAGCAUGAGCACAAUAAUAUGUUGGAUCCUUAUUUUGUUAUAGAUAAUAUUGACAGCUUUUAAGCCACCAAGACAAUUUCUAUGUGACAUCUGUUCUUUUUUUCAACCACUUUAAACCGAUAUGCUUACUAGAUGUGCGUAGAGAUGAUAUGAUUCCAUCUACUAGUAGCAGUUCUGUAGUAUUAGACGUGGAAAUUAGUUUUCUUGUUUUGUAUAAUAUUGUAUCCUAAAAUAGAAAUACCAUGGGUCACAGUAUUAUUAUUCAGUUUAGUACAGGAGGUCAUAGUGCUAACAAGCCAGAUAAGGUUGGGUGGGUAGGCAAAACAAACCCAUCAUCCCACUCCAGAUAUUGUUCCUGCAAACUUGGUAGAUUUGUGGGUUGCUCAGUACUAAAAGAAAAAUUUGUUGAACAGAGUGAAAAUAAUGCUGUAUUUGUUGGGGGAUUUUCUUCUUCUUUUUUUUAUUAUUGUUAUUAUUUUUUUAAUUAUUUAUCUGUUAACGAUAUACUCUGGAAUAUGAGCUUCAGUUUGCUAGUGUAUGUUCAAAUUAUAAUAAGAAUAACACCAGGGGAUUAUACUGUUCACAUUUCUAUGAAAGCAACAAAACAAACAGAUUUCAAACAUUAUAAAUGUGUUACUGCCAGGUAUACUAAAAUCCAUCUGAAGUUGGGGGUUUAUUCCUGUUUGUCCGUCCAGAACCAUUGUUCAUAACAUCAUUUGUUAGAAAUUCGCACUGCCUUCACUUCCAUUGUACUGCACUCAUGAAUUUAAUUGUCGGUACAACUAUUCCUGCAUCUUAGAAAUCGGUUUUAAAAGUCAAAAUAAUUCUUGAAUGGAAAAUGUCCACUAUACUGAAUGAUUUUAGAUAGGUGAUAAUUAUAUACAAAAGUAUGUCUCAGAGCAUUAGUACACAAGAUUUCCUGACAAUACAGGGGCGGAUUAUGCUUUAGGUAAGGGGAGGUUUCGAAACAAUAUGUAAAGGUUUAUAAUUUGAAAUGAUAAAUUUUACGUGGACAUCAAUUUAGAUCUACGUGGUGGGUUUUUUAGUGGGGGGGGGGGGGGGGGGGGGUCCGUGCAAAUGGGAAACUCCCUAUAAUCCGCCCCUGCAAUAAAUUAAUAAAUACGUCUUUAUUAUAAUUUUCUAAUUUAAGUUAAAGGCACAGACGUUAUUUUCAGCACGUAAAAAUGGACACUUAGGUUUAUUUAAUCUACAAACAUGUAAGACACAUUUGGAUAAGGUUAUAACAGAGAGACGCUAAAAUCUGAUGUUUAAACAGGGACAUACCGUCUAAAAAUAACUAGAACUUGUCUCAUUAACCAUUACUUUUUAGACGAACAUGCGUUUUUAGAAACUAGGGUUUGUCACUUCAAGAUAUCUAGCUGAGUAAUACUGGUGAUCCUUAAUCGAUGUGGAACCGCAUUCUCUGAAAUCAACUUCAACAUAGGUUGUUAUUUAUUUUGUGCAUGUGGAAGUACAUGUAUGUAUGUAUACACACACACACACACACACAUACACACACAUAUAUAUAUAUAUAUGUAUGUAUAUAUAUAUAUAUAUAUAUACAGAUAUACUAAUACAGGUAUGUGUGUGUGUGUGUGUAUGUGUGAUAUAUAUAUAUAUAUAUAUAUAUCAUACAUGUACACCAUAAUAUUAUAGUACUCAAAAUGUAUGGUAUAUGUAUACACCAGAAUUCAUAAUUGGAAUUUCUAGAGUUUUCAGUUUGGUUAACGUAAUGGGGUGGGGGAGGUCUUUUUUUAUACAUGAUAUACACAAUUUAGAUAAAAACAGAAGGCAAAGCUUUUAACCUGAUUUUGAAUUUCACAUAAAUUGACAUCAUAUAUCUUAAUCAAUACAUACAUAUAUGUAUAUCUAUCAAACUUAUUAAUUUCUAACCUUUGCCAAAUAUAUGUAAGACUCUAUAAAUAUAAUAUUCAUACAACUUAAACUUUCAAUCCAAUCUAAAUAGGUUAAGAGAAAUGAACGAAAAUAUAGGAAACAAGCGGUUGUUUUACAUUUUGAUAGUUAAUAGCAUCCAUAUUAUCUAGUUUCAUAUAAAUAUGCGUAACUGGCCUCGCUGUUGUCAUGGUUAAGUGUCUGGUAGGUACAGGGUUCGCAGCCCGGCACCGGCUCCCACCUAGAGCGAGUUUUAAUGACUCAGUGGGUAGGUGUAAGACCACUGCAUCCCCUUUUCUCUCACUAAUCACUAACAACUAAUCCACUGUCUUGGACACGCAGCCCAAAUAGCUGAGGUGUGUGCCCAGGACAUCGUGCUUGAACCUUAAUUGGAUAUAAGUUGAAAUGGAAUGAAAAUGUGUGUAGACCAGAAAGCUGAUAAUGAACAGAACUGAUUUAUAUAUUGGAUUUCUUUGCUUUUUGUUCUUUGCAAAAUGAAAAUAUAUUUUGAGGCCAGGAUGCGGUGCGAUAAAUGACAAAAAUCUAAGCAGUGCCUUGGUAUGUGGUAUGGCAAAUUUAAGCUAAUAUCAUAUUUUGGUUGCCGACCUCAUGCGAAACUGAAAUUUAGAUUGACGCAUUGUAAACAGAUUAGUGUUGAACGAGUGUUAAACAAAUAUAAACUUUCACGCAUUAAGAACAUAAUAUUAUACAAAUUUACAGAAGAAAACAAAAAUGCAAUUUAGGUAUGUGCUAAAGCAAAGCUGAGCAAUUCUUAAUACUUGCCAACCAGAGUCGGCGGUGAAAUAGGCCUUUGAACUGGCGUAUAUUAGAAGUGUUGUAAUUAGGGUACACAGUUCGCCUGGUAACCAUUGGUUUCGUUUUGUCGCGAACAGAAAACUAACGACGGUUUAUCUGCUGAAGCCUAUAUUUACGUGAGGUGUAAACUUUGUUACAUGGGAAUUAACAAUAGAAUGCCACGAUUCCCAACGGGUACAGGAAUGUGUAUAUGAAGAAACCAGAAAUGAGUUUGAAAUGUUUUACGUCAUAACUUUCUGCUCUCUGUACAAGUAAAGAUGUUCAAAACAUGUAAAAUGUCAUUUAUAGAUUGUAUAUAAAUGUGUACUGCAUAGUUGUUUAAAUAGUACAUACUAUAUAUAUAUAAUUAUAAUGUGUUCAUGUAAUAUGUCAAUUCCAAGAAUAAUUCAAGAUUCACAUGAAUGCGAAGUGAGUGAAAAAUCAACUUGUUUUUGGACUUGUCAAGUACAUGUAUGUGUAAUAUAGUCACAUUAGUGUACAACAAUAAUCAUAUUUGACACAUGGUUCAAAUAUUUUGCAUCAAGGUUGAUUACAGUUCGUACGCAAAUACAUACUACUUUACUACAUAUACUGAUGGAAAAAAAUAAGGGAACACGAGUAGUAACAGCAAACAGUGACUGCAACCACAACCCGCAUCCACAGUUUCAGGAAGAUAACUGCGUUACAGAUAUUCAACCCCCUAUUAGUGACAUUAAAUCUCACAUUAUAUCUUUGCAUUUUAUACAACCAAAACACCCAUCCACAGUGUCAGGAAUCUAGCCGUGUCACAGAUAUUCAACCCUCUAUUAGUGACAUUAAAUCUCACAUUAUAUAUUUGCACUGUAUACAACCAAAACCCCCAUCCACAGCUUCAGGAAGCUAUCCGUGUCACAGAUAUUAGUGACAGUAAAUUUCACAUUAUAUAUUUGCAUUUUAUGCAGACUAUAACCAUGCUAGUAAUGAAUUAAAUUUGAUCUAAAAUACUACGUGUGUUCUUAUUUCUUUCCAUUAGUAUAUAUGUAAAGAUUCAAAAUUGGCAACCUCCAUAAUAUAUUCAAUACACAUGUACAAAGUUAAUAUAUUUUGAUGGAGGUCGGAUUUGAAGUGUAGUCCACAAAAUCCACAUGUAGCAUAACGUAGAAAUAUCUUUCAGUAUCUUUUACAAUGUAUCUUUUAAUAAUAUUUAUUGGAUAUUGUAAAUUUGUUUUAUAAUGGGGUGUUAUACUAGUAUGUCUGUUCAUAUUGAAACGGUGUGUAAUAGAAAUCUUUUCUUUUUUUCCAGUUUUGUUUCUUAUCCUGAAUAUAGCUGAUAAAUGUGUGUUGGUACUGGAGAAGUGUAUAGACUUUGGUAUAUAUAGAAUUGAUCACAUUGGGAAGGAUGGGGGGGGGGGGGGGGGGGGAGGUGGAGGAGUACCGUGAUUGGCUGAGAACAACCUUGACAAUUUUUGGGUCUGUUCCAUUUGUAUUUUUUCUUUACCAUUUUUAAAAUGCUAGUAUUUUUACUGAUUUAUACUCGAGUGGGUUUUUUCUAUUGGCAUUACUUGAGAAUAUGAUGUACCAACCAACCUCCUUUAAAUGAAACCCUGUGUAUAGCGGCUAUUGUCUAUCAAAGCCAUGAGUCCAUGCGGUGUCUAUUCUUUGUACAUAAUACUACACGUUUAACAUUUGUACAGACACGUAUUCAUGUAGGAACUAUUUAAAAUGUAUUUUUCACCUCUGUAUUAUAACGACUGUAUGAUGACAUGCUUUAGACGUUUAUAAAAGUAACUAUUCAUUACGAA